CAGAGAUUUGAAGAUAACUUCAAUGGCGAGAAGGAACGAUCAUAAUCAUCCUUUGUUCUUAUCUUCUUCAGAUGUUGCUGGAUCAGUGCAGAUUGGGAUUCAGUUAACAGGCAUGGAGAAUUACACCUUGUGGAGUCGUGCAAUGCGACUCAACUUGCUUACCAGAAACAAAUUGGGAUUUAUCGAUGGCAUAAUCACACGAGAUGAUUUUACAGUUGAUUCUGAGAAGCAGGAUUGGGAUCGAUGUAACGCAAUGGUGAUUUCAUGGAUCGUCAACAAUGUCAGCAAGGAACUUGUAAGUGGAAUUUCUUUUUGCUCUAAUGCUAGUGUAGUAUGGAGAGACUCAAAGGAACGAUUUGACAAAGUCAACAUGUCUAGGAUAUAUCAUCUUCACAAAGCAAUUGCUACCUUAACUCAAGGUGUUUCCUCUGUUGCUGUGUAUUUUUCAAAAUUGAAAGACCUCUGGGAUGAAUUUGAUUCAAUUAUACCUCCUCCUUGUUGUGAAUGUCCAACAUCGAAGGAUUAUGCUGAUGGUCUGUUAAGACAACGACUUCUACAAUUUCUCAUGGGAUUGAAUGAUAACUACAGUCAGGCUCGUAGCCAAAUUCUCAUGAUGAUGCCUGUUCCUACUGUGAACCAAUGUUAUGCUAUGAUCAUUCAUGAUGAGAGUCAAAAAGUUUUAUAUGGUGAGCAACCUGGUAAUAACACUGCAAUUGAUCACACAGCCUUAUUGUCCAACAAAAUUGAAGGAACAGGUAAGCCUAGAGGAGGUGGUUAUGCAGGUAACACAGGAAGUAGUUCUGGAGGUGGUAAUACAGGAGGAUCUGGAUAUUAUAGUGGAUAUUAUGGAGGCAAUAGUUCUGGAUCUGGUGGUUUUGGAUCUGGUGGAGGAGCUGGUAGGUCAGGAGCAAGUAGCUCUAGGUCUAGAAGAUUUACUCCUUACUGCGAAAUUUGUAAUUUCAGAGGACAUACUAAGGAAGCUUGUUUUAAGGCAAUGCAAUGCAGUUAUUGCAAUAUGAGGGGUCAUACUAGGGACAAUUGCUAUAAACUCAUAGGUUACCCUGCUGAUUUCAAAGGGAAGAAGAAAAUCUCUGCUGCUAAUGUACAAAAUCAACACACUGGAGACAAUGAAGUCACUCCACACCCACACCAUGUCCAACAACCUCAUUUCACCAUGGACCAAACAUGA